AUGUCGCUCCUGUUCAAACGCUCCAUGGCUACGGCCUCUUCUCUGCGGACAGCCGGCAAGGUUGUCUGCGUUGGCCGCAACUACGCCGACCACAUCAAGGAGCUCAAUUCGGCCAAGCCCAAGCAGCCCUUCUUCUUUCUGAAGCCCACAUCCUCCAUCCUCCUGCCCGGUGGCGGCGCCAUCCAGCGGCCCAAGGGCGUCGACAUGCACUAUGAGAUUGAGCUUGCCGCCGUCGUUGGCAGGCAGAUCCGCGACUUUGACCCCAACGACGAGCAGGGCGCUCUCGACGCCAUUGAGGCGUACGCCAUGUCCAUCGACCUGACGGCGCGCAACGUCCAGAACGAGGCCAAGAAGAAGGGCCUGCCCUGGAGCAUCGCCAAAGGCUUUGACACAUUCCUGCCCAUGAGCAACAUCAUCCCCAAGGCCUCCAUCCCCGACCCCCACAACGUUGAGGUCUUCCUCAAGCUCAACGGCGAGACGAAGCAGGACGCGUCCACGAACCUCAUGCUCUUCCGCCUCCCCCGUCUGCUGGCCGACAUCUCCAAGGUCAUGACGCUCGAGAAGGGCGACAUCAUCCUGACGGGCACGCCUGCUGGCGUCGGCCCUGCGGGUCCCGGCGAUGUCAUCACGGGCGGAGUGCGCGUCAACGGCAAGGAGCUUGUCGAGGGCAAGAUUGAGUAUGCCGUGGAAGAGUCGACGAGCUCGUACGAGUUCAAGGAGACGUGA